GGAACCACAAGCACCAUGGCUCCGCUUCCUGCGGCGCGCGGAGGGGCGGGGCUCCCACAUCGUGAAGCCAUUGGCUGCGCCCGACGCUACCCGGCGGUCGUUGCGGCGGUCAGCUCCGCCCCUUCCUCUUUCUCUCGGACAGCGGCGGCAGCGGGGACAACAACGAGUAGUGCAGCCAUGGCUAAGAUUAAGGCUCGGGACCUUCGCGGCAAGAAGAAGGAGGAGCUGCUGAAACAGCUGGACGAUCUGAAGGUAGAGCUGUCCCAGCUGCGGGUCGCAAAAGUGACAGGCGGCGCCGCGUCCAAACUCUCCAAGAUCCGAGUUGUCCGAAAAUCUAUUGCCCGAGUUCUCACCGUCAUUAACCAGACCCAGAAAGAAAACCUCAGGAAAUUCUACAAGGGAAAGAAGUACAAGCCCCUGGACCUGAGGCCCAAGAAGACUAGAGCCAUGCGCCGCCGGCUCACCAAACAUGAGGAGAAGCUGAAGACCAAGAAGCAGCAGCGGAAGGAGCGAUUGUACCCACUGCGCAAGUACGCAGUCAAGGCCUGAGGUCACCGCAGUUUGCAAUAAAACAAAACUGGCUGUCA